GGAACAAAAAAUUGUAGUUCGGAAAUGAUGUAUUUUUCGUUCCGUUUAUUUGUCGACGUUUUUUUGGUGGCGAGAACGACUGUGUUUAGUUGCUUUCAUGGGCAAAAGGUUUAGUACCUUUCUAUCUGCUGUUCGGUGGGUGACUGCGGUAAUAAAUGGGGAGAAAGGGCACAGAACCUCACUGUCGUGGUUCCAUGUGCGUGUACCGGCUUCCGUCUUCGCAUUUCACGACUGGUCGCUUUGUUUGAUCUUUUCUUGCGGCAACCCUUUUCCUCAAGAUCUCGUUUUUUGUGUGUUUCCCGAUAUACUGGUGCGUCAACCGAUGGAGAAGGUGAAGAGGCUCGAAUGAAAGGAAAUAAAAGGAGUGGCGCCUUUCUCCAUUUCAAUCAAUUCCACCGUCGACCAUCCAAGAGUAGGAAGUCAGAUCUCGUCCCCCCAAGUUGACUUUUUUAUUGCUCGUUUGUCUUCAAAUCUGAAGAAUGGUUCGUGGUAGAACAAUAAGAAGUCUUUUUUGAGUGAAACAAAAAAAUUGGCAAACUUUUAAGUCUUUGAUAAAGAGGGAAAAGCCUAGUGUUGUGGUUUCUUUUCCGGGAGCAUCAAACUUGUUGUGCUAAUUCCUUCAUCGACUAUACGAUGUCAUUAUUCUCGGUGAAGGGAGCUUGCUUUAUCCGGGACUGAGGAAUACAAGCGUUGGGAUUCAAUAUCUUCUUAAUGAACACGUACUGCUUUUGGCUGUCGAUGCGUCUGGAGAUCGACUGCAUCCUGGCAUGACUCCUGGAGAAUAAUACUUCAAAUCUUGCUACAAGUGCUUCUUUGAUGGACUGGGUUCCGAAAACUCCGUUCCCCUGGGAUUGGGAAACUCUGGAAUUAUUCAGUGGAAAAGAAAGUGAAAUUUCUAAAGCUGCACAAGUACCUGACUUGAAGAUUGAUGGUGGUGCCUUUAUUUGCAAUAGAUCUGUAUGUUCGUCUGGUCGUGGUGCCUCCUCUGGUCUGGAAUUGGGUAAUCGUUCAUCCAAAAGCUCCAUAUCAGCAUCUGUUGAUUCCCUUUCUGGGGCAGGAAAGAGAAAAUCACAGCUCAACUUUGAUUCCGCUGGAAGGGCCCCUCAUAACCUGGACAAUAAUAUUAUUGCAAGGGUUGAGGAUUCUGGAACUUCGACUGUACCAGUCGUUGCAGACCACCCUAAGGAACCACUUACAGGUUUAAAGCUUGGGCCAACUUACUUCGAAGAUGUUGCUUCGGUGAACAACAUCAAAAACUUGUCUUCCUCAGCUACUAUGACCUCAUCGGCUGCCUUAGCCAAGAAAUCUAGGGUGUCUCAACAGAACUUACAGAGUCCUUAUUGCCAGGUUGAAGGUUGUAACAUUGACCUUACAACAGCGAAAGACUAUCAUCGCAAACAUAGAGUCUGUGAAAGCCAUUCAAAGUCUCCCAAGGUGAUUGUAGCUGGUAAAGAGCGCAGGUUUUGUCAACAGUGUAGCAGGUUCCAUGAUUUGUCCGAGUUUGAUCAGAAAAAGCGGAGUUGCCGAAGACGUUUAUCAGAUCAUAAUGCACGUCGCAGAAAGCCACAGCCAACAGCAAUCUCAUUCAAUUCUUCUAGGCUUUCUUCAUCAUAUUAUGAUGAUAGACAUCAGAUGAACCUUGUUUUUGGUCGAGCUCCUCUGGGUCAUGUGACAACCACUGUAAGUUUCCCACGGAAUAACUUAGGCAGCUUCAAGCUUCUUCAAGCUAAAGAGUCUUGGACAAAGUCAAAUAAAGCAGGAUGCACUGAUGGGCAGCUACAAUUUUCCAGCAUAUGUCAACCAAACAAUUCUUCUACUCUUAAUCAUGACUUGGACAGACUCUUGUCAUUCAAGGGCACAGCAGCCGAGGUCCUCAAUCAAGAUCUGGAAGCAUCUGCAUUUGCAUCUAACACGAACAUAACACCGGAUCUUCGGCGUGCUCUCUCUCUUCUGUCAAAUGAUUCUUGGUUAGCUGGACCAAGUUCUAUGAAGUUUGUAAAUACACAGAAUGCGAGUACCACUCAGCCUGCAGUGAACAUGGCUGAUUCAACGGCAGGUAUCUUGCAAGAUGAGCAGCCACUGGAACAUCUGAUGAUGCUGCCAGUUCACCUGCAAAUCGGUGAGUUCCAGGAGUUUCAGCUGCUUAAAGCACCCUUCCAAACCUCUUUUUUUGACUCCACUCGGAUUCACUGAUGUCUACAAUCGGAUGACCACUGGAUUGUCUGAACUCAAGGUGAUACUUUUGCUGGCCCAAUUUGUUUACACUACAACCUCAAUGGAUCGAGAAAUUCCAGAUGCUGGGCAACCUUGCACUGAUGGCCUUUGUGCCAUCCGAUAUUAUCAGUUAGUGAAUAAUCCAAGUUCAAAACUGCUUUCUUCUCCUCGUCCAGGUCGAAAUGCUUUGGUGAAGAAUGAAAUGCAAUGAGCGUCGUCAUUUGAUCUAUUUUUUUCUAGUUAGUGGUAGCUGAUGAUGACAGCCAAUAUUAAGUUAUUAUGAUUGCGAACUUUUCGGACUUAGCUGCUGCUGUUACAGUUGUAUUCUGAAUGAAAUAUGGUCAUGAAGCUGUUCUUGUCAUUUGA